AUGGUGCCUAAGAAGGGGGGUCAGUUGAGAUUUUGUGUUGACUAUAGGCGCCUUAAUGAGGUCACUAGGAAGGACUCGUAUCCCAUCCCUCGUGUGGAUGAAUCAUUGGACCUUGUAGCUGGGUCGUCGUGGUUCACUUGCCUGGACCUGCGUACUGGCUAUUGGCAGGUACCACUUGCUCCGGAAGCCAGACCAAAAACUGCUUUUUGUACAAGUAGGGGGCUAUGGCAGUUCAGGGUGCUCUGCUUUGGCCUCUGCAAUGCGCCGGCUACUUUUGCCAGGUUAAUGGACAGGGUGUUAUCAGGUAUUCCACGGUCAGAGUGUCUGGUGUACCUGGAUGACAUCCUGGUCCAUGGUAGUUCUUUUCAGGCCUCUCUAGAGGCUCUCAGGCGAGUGCUGAGUUGA